AUGCGACAGGUUUCGGUCUGCAACAGUGACCUUGGGCCGUUGAUUGGUUGUAGCCACCACGUGAAGAAGGCCCCUUGGCAACUCGGUGCCAAAAUCGGAAGGUUACCCGGAAUUCGUGGUAGCUUAGAGCUCCAGCGCGCGGGCCAAUCAUGGAAGUCAAACCAUCUGCACUGCUCCCAGGGUGUCCUGCCGACGAAUCUUCUCGACCUUAUAUCCGCCAUGCGAGCAUCAGUCAUCCUCUACGCCGCCGUGGGCCUCUUGGUCGACGCGGGUCUCAGCGCUCGCAUCAUCCAAUCCAACGACGAUGGUUGGGCGGAGCUUUACGUGCGGUCGUUCCACGACUCUCUCGUCGCCGCUGGCCACGAUGUGAUCCUCUCAUGCCCGGCAGACAAUAAAUCCGGAACCAGCUCUUUGGAUAUCGACCCUAGCCCGCGAACCUCGGCGUGCCAGUACGGCAGCUGCGCGGCCGGCACCGGCGCCAUCGGCGUCAACGCCACGAACCCGCGCCUCAACUGGGUCAACAGCUUCCCUGUGACGUCCAUGCGCUUCGGGAUUUCCACCAUCUCCACCCAGUUCUGGGACGGCCAGCUUCCCGAGCUCGCCGUCACCGGGCCCAACGUCGGCUCGAACCUCUGGCUCGCCGUGCACUUUUCCGGCACCGUCGGCGCGGCCGUGUACGCGGUCCGCGAGGCCGGCGUGCCCGCCAUCGCCUUUUCGGGCGCGUCCGAGGGUACCCUCGCGUGGAACACCACGCCCGCGCCCGCGCGCAGCCUCGUGUACGCGGAGCUCGCUCGUCGCUUGACGGAUGCCGUGCUGGCGAGCGGGAAGCCCUACCUCCCCGCCGACGUGUUCCUCAACGUCAACUUCCCCAAGGCGGAGGGGGCAUGUGCCGAUCCGAAUAACUACAAGUGGGUGCUCAGCCGGAUCAACCCGGGCCUCUUUUCGGCGCAGGACGUGAAGCAGUGCGGUUCCACGAGGCUGCCGACGGAAACGGAUGUAGUCAACGCCAAGGGGUGCUACGCGUCCAUUAGCGUCGGGGAUGCGACGGACAAGACGACGGCGCCCGAGGAGAAGCAGGCGAUUGUGCUGAAGAAGUUGGGCUCGCUCUUGUCCUGCCUGCCCUGA